UCACUCUCUCAGUUUAGUUGGCAACUCUGCUAUAGCAACCCAAGUCUAAAUCAAUUAUCUCAUCUUAAUUUUCUGAAUUUUGUAAAGAACACUAUAAAGUUAAAAGGCUUUUCGCAAAGUUCAAAGUUAAAAAUGAGCUCAAAAGAUUGUUGGGGUAAAACAUCGCACGAAAUAAUUAAAAUUUAUUACAUGUGGACAAUUGAUAACUUUGGUUUGUUAAGAAAUGUGCAAUUGGACAAAGGUCUCAAAUCACCAAAGUUUCCGAACGACGAAAGUGGAUUGCAAUUUUGUUUGGAACUGUUUCCCGCGAAAUUUGCAUAUGGGGCAGAUUUGAGUGUUUGUUUGAACACUGUUUCGAAUAGUUCAGUUCGCAAGGGCUAUGUAAAAAUGUAUUUGCCAGGACGUUCGGCUGAUUUUAAAUUCCACGGUUUCACUUUAAGUGAACCAAUGACAUUAUUUUUCAAUAAUUUCUUUAAUGAACGUGGUGUUUUUAAAAACGAUGAAAAACUUAUAUUACACUGUGAGAUCGCUCUGAUUGGAAACCGUGUUGAGAAAAGUGGACAACUUGGCAGUAUAAUUAAAGUUCCCAAUUGUAAAUUAUCUAAAGAUCUUGGUGCUAUACUUAAUGUCCAGGAAUUUUCAGAUGUGACAAUCGUCACAGCCGACGGCCAUAAGAUACCAGCCCAUAAGUUAAUUCUAUCAGCUCGUAGUAAAGUCUUUGCAGCCAUGUUUAAGCAUGCAAUGAAGGAAAAUACUGAGAAUUGUGUUGCCAUUAACGAUUUCAAUUUCGAUGUUGUCUCGGAACUGAUUCGAUUCAUGUAUACAGGAGAAGCCCCCAACUUGGAAGAGAUGAGUGCAGAUCUUCUGGCGGCAGCUGACAAAUAUGAACUGGACAGACUGAAGGCGAUGUGUGCCAAGUCCAUGAGCGAUAAUCUUUCUGUAGAUACUGCGACCAUAGUGCUAAAGACAGCCGAUCUUUAUAACCUGAAGGAACUUAAAUCCAAGGCAAUUGCAUUUAUUCAAAAUAAUAUUCAUGAAGUAACUGAGACGUUGAACUGGAAAAAUAUUUUAGCAACUAUGAUCGAGCAAAAAGUCGAUGCAUUAACACUUGAUGAUGAUCUAUCCGAGUAGCCUCGACAGUAUAAAAUAAUCGAGCAUACAUAUAUACAGACUGGUGCAACCUCAAGUACUCGUGCUAUACUAAAAAUAACAAUCCACUACAUUUAAGUCAAUAUACGAAUUUUUGUACGAAUUUCUUUGAUCAAAAUAUUCAAACUAGCGCAUUAGUAAUUGCCUAAUGUUCUUAA